AUGUCGUUCAAAGCUGCAAGGAGAAUUUCUCUACUGCUCCAACUCUUUUUGCUUGUGUCAGUCGAUGCUUUCUUUGCAUCGCCAAGGACUUAUGCGGUCAGCAAUCAUGUCAAUAAUAAUGUUGAUGAGCUCCUACUACUGCCGACGACUCAUCAUCCUUCCAUUCAACAACAACACUCCAUCAGAUCACCACAAGCCGAUCAUCUGAAUUCAUCAUCACCACCAUCAUCAUUUUCCACAACUCGAUUAAACAUGAUCUGGAAACCCAUUGAUCCAAAAGGAAUGGCCAUGGAUUUUCCCAAAACAAAGACGAGAUUUGUGGCUACGAUAUUGGCCACCCUCCUCACGUGGCAUGGAAUUGUGGCCCACCAAAUGAACCCCGUCUUGGCCAGUGCGGUUUCCACCUUGGUUAUUACCAUGUGGUCGCCCGGUCUAGGGCAGGCUGCCUUUUGUGGAUCCUUUGCCGGCAUGACCUCUGGUGGAACUCUUAUUUCCACCAGUCUCAUUGCCUUGUUGAAUGCCAUUUUGUUUGAAGUGGUGGUCCACCGCGAAAACAAAUGGCUGGGACUGGGAGGACGAUUGGGCAUGAUUGCCUUUGUGGCAAGUAAUAUUGUCGCCGAUGUACUAUUGUCAAAACCACAUGCCAUGCUCCAGGUACCCAUGAGUCUUCCACAAUGGUGGAGCAUACUCCAAAAAUCGCCAUGGAAAUACAGCAUGGUGUGUGCGGCCAUUGGUAGUGUGGCCACAAUUGUAUUGAGAGAAGUCGCCGAGAAUGCGUCCAACAUUGACAAUGAUUUAAGAGAUCCGAUUCGAGCGGCCGCCGUCAUUGGAUUGAUUGCCAGCUUGUCGCAGGGCAUGGGAUUUGGUGACUAUUACAAACUAGACAACUUUGGUUCCUUGUUGGUAUUUGGUGGUGCCUUUACGGGAAUGAGUUUGCCAUCGCGAUUGCUGACGGGUGUGGUACCAGUAGCAGGAGACAACAACGACGACUAUAAUUCUUCAACAACAGAAGGGCAACAACAACAACAACAACAACGAAAGCCUCCCGGAGCCUAUAGUAUUGUUCUAUGGUACGCAGUGGCGGGAGCCUUGGGGGGAUUGGUUCAUGCCUUGACGAUUCCAUUGAAUUGGUGGACGGGAGGAAUCUGGGGUGGUAAAGCAGGAACUUGUGCUUUUGCAGGUGUUUGCUUAUUUCGAGGAUUGGAAAAGAUGGUCUAUACUUUAAGACAAUCCCUGGGGUGGAUCAAGAGCUGA